UUUUUCCAAAAAGAACAUCAUUUUCACCAGUGGGCUGUAACCCCUUAGUUCAAUAAAUUCUUCCUUUUUUUCCUCAAUCUCCUAGUCUGCUGCUGCCACAGCCAUCCAAGGGACAUCAGAUUCUCUCGGCAAUUUGUAAGUUUUUAAGGUACUUCGUGACGAUAUGAGCGAAACGGGAGGACAAGGGUUUGGGAACUCCAAAGGCGGAAAAUCUGCCCAUAAAUCGUCGGGGAAGGACAACGGCUCAGCAAAGUCAAAGGGAGGAAGAAAAGUUCAGUUUGAGUCGGGAGGUUCCGGCGGAAAAGCAGGAAAAGAAGACAAGAUUGCUAAUGGCAGCAGGAGUCCCCAAGCAAAAGUACCUUCUCCUCUGGAGCGGAGACUUGAACAAGAAAAUAGUGAAUUCUUGAUGGACUGCGAAGCUGCAGAAAUCUUGCAAGGAAUCCAAGAGCAGAUGGUUAUGUUGUCUGAGGAUCCGAAUAUAAAACUCCCAGUUUCAUUUGAUAGCGGACUGUCGUAUGCGAAGAGAGACAGCUACUGUUCGAAAUCCCAGACUGUUAGAAAAAUACUUCAGCCUCUCCAGAAAUAUGGAGUUUCUAAUGCUGAGAUCUGCCAAAUUGCCAACCUUCGUGCCGAAUCUGUUGAAGAAGUUUUUGCUCUUAUCCCGUCCCUGAAGGCAAAGGAAAAGAAGAUAAAAGAACCCCUUAGAAUUGCGCUGGGAGAACUAACUAAUCUUAGGGAUGCGCUGGAUGAACUUGCCAGGUUCAAAGAAUCAGGCGCAGCGGUGUGACAGAACUCUGUGGUACUGCAUAAUUUUGGUCUCGGUAGCUGUGAAUGUGGCUCCAGAUUUCCUGAACUCACUUCCUAGUUAGCGGGAAGAUUCUCAGUUUCUUCAUCGUAAAAUGAUGUUUUAUAUUGUAAUAACUAGCUCCUUGUUUCAUAUUAAGACCAAAAUUGUUCAUGUUUUUCUACAUUUUAGGACAAGAAUAUCACAUGCGUGAGGUCGAAACUAUAAUAGUACGAUGGAUGUUUGUUAUUGCGAAGAGACAUUCUAAUUACUUGAGUCGUUUUUUCCCU